GCAUAUCCCCCAUCAACAGCCAUGGGCAAGAUCAUCUUCUUCGAGGACAAGAACUUCGGUGGCCGUCACCAUGAGUGCAUGAGUGAUUGCGCCGAUCUGCACUCCUACUUCAACCGCUGCCACUCCAUCAGGGUGGAGAGCGGCUGCUUCAUGAUCUACGACCGUCCCAACUACAUGGGCAACCAGUUCUUCAUGAGGAGGGGCGAGUACUCCGACUAUAUGCACAUGAUGGGAAUGAACGACUGUGUGAGGUCCUGCCGUAUGAUCCCCAUGCAACGCGGCAACUUCAGAAUGAGGAUCUACAACCGCAAUGACAUGAGCGGUCAGAUGAUGGAGUUGAUGGACGACUGCCCCAAUGUCAUGGACCGCUUCAACAUGUCCGACAUCCACUCCUGCAACGUGAUGGAUGGCCACUGGCUCAUGUACGAUCAGCCCAAUUACAGGGGAAAGCAGUACUAUCUGAGGCCCGGCGAGUACAGGAGGUUCAGCGACUGGGGUAGCAUGAGCCCAAGGAUUGGCUCCAUCAGGCGCAUCAUGGACCUCUAAAGACAGCGGAGUUCUUGUGAAGUGUCUGCUGUAUGCCUUCUUCCACACACUGAAUA